GGAGCCGGGGCGGAUGGGCCCGCGCCAGCCUAGAGUGAUGCCAGAGAGUAGGCGAGUCGGGAGGGCCGAAGGGUAGAGCGGCACAGCCCUUUGGUUUGGUGCACAUAGUAGGCCGCUCUGGGUGCUGGGGCUCGCGUCUCAUUGGCUCGCUGGGUUCCUGGAGCGGAUCCGGGGCAAGAAGGAGGAGAGAGCUCCGGGUCAAGGGCCGCUGCCGUCUGGACUGGGCCGCCAGCCCGCGCUCGGCGGGACCGCCAGCCAGGAUUGGACCAGUGUGGACCAUCACAUUGAACGGGAGGAGGCCUGCUCUCUUACAUAGUUAAAGCACAGUGGCUCCUCAGGUGCCGUCAGGAUGCCUGCGGCACUUGUGGAAAACAGUCAGGUCAUCUGUGAGGUGUGGGCCAGCAAUCUUGAGGAGGAGAUGCGGAAGAUCCGCGAGAUCGUCCUUAGCUACAGCUACAUCGCCAUGGACACAGAGUUUCCGGGUGUUGUGGUUCGACCAAUUGGUGAAUUUCGAAGCUCCAUAGAUUACCAGUAUCAGCUUUUGCGGUGCAAUGUUGACCUUCUAAAGAUCAUCCAGCUGGGCCUCACGUUCACAAAUGAGAAGGGGGAGUACCCUUCUGGAAUCAACACGUGGCAGUUCAACUUCAAGUUCAACCUGACAGAGGACAUGUACUCCCAGGAUUCCAUAGACCUCCUUGCAAACUCAGGACUACAGUUCCAGAAGCAUGAGGAGGAAGGGAUCGACACGUUGCACUUUGCAGAGCUGCUUAUGACGUCGGGAGUGGUUCUGUGUGACAACGUCAAGUGGCUUUCAUUUCACAGUGGCUAUGAUUUUGGCUACAUGGUAAAGUUGCUUACAGAUUCUCGGCUGCCAGAAGAAGAGCACGAGUUUUUCCACAUCCUGAAUCUUUUCUUCCCAUCCAUUUAUGAUGUGAAAUACCUGAUGAAGAGCUGCAAAAAUCUUAAGGGAGGCCUUCAGGAGGUGGCUGAUCAGUUGGAUUUGCAGAGGAUUGGAAGGCAGCAUCAAGCAGGCUCAGACUCUCUGCUGACGGGGAUGGCUUUCUUCAGGAUGAAAGAGCUAUUCUUUGAGGACAGUAUUGAUGAUGCCAAGUACUGUGGGCGCCUCUAUGGCCUGGGCACGGGAGUGGCCCAGAAGCAGAAUGAGGAUGUGGACUCUGCCCAGGAGAAGAUGAGCAUCUUGGCCAUGAUCAACAACAUGCAGCAGUGACAGCCAUGCACCACGCCACCCGUGCCACCCUCCCCAGCCAUCGCCCUGCAUCUGCUCCAAGCAGAGACUUUGGGUUUUUGUUUAAAGAUGCCUUUAUUUUAAAUCCAGAAGGAGGGGGUUUGCUCUGAAUUUGUAAACAAGUCUUCCUUGUCCUCAUGCCCACAGCCCUCUGCUGCCUCCUGCCACCAGCAGCCAUGGCUCCAUGGACACCUUUUUAAAUCUCCAGGAUGUCUGAAACAAACCAGUAAAAUGUGUAUGACUCUUAUGCGUUGUCAUUCUUCUUCUUUUGGCUUUGCUGCCCUGAUGAAGAUGCUCACAGGAGCUGAGGCCACCAGGGAACAAGGUGUGUGUUCUUGGGAAGCGGUCUGCGCCUUCAGGCUCUGCCUUGCCUUGUGCUCCUGCAGGCACAGCAGCCCUGAAGUCACAGCUUUGGUGACGUUAAGCUGGCACCUGAGCCUCACCUUGUCACCGUAGUUUUCAGGUAAUGAACUGCCCUCUAGCAUGCUCCAAGCCCACCUUGUUCUCAGCAGGGUGGUCUC